CCCUGACCAGGGGUGAUCGCCCCCGGAGCAUCCAAGCCCCUUGAGGUGGCUCGGAGCUGCCGGCAGCCGCUUGGAUGAGGGACCAGAGCGGCUCACCCAGCUCCUUGGGUUGAUAGAGCUGAUCCUUAGAGACCUGCCGGCUGCGCUGCAGCGGAUGGGCAUUGGAGUCCUCCACCUUGCUGCCAUCGGAGCCCAUCGUGCAGCCAGUGCAGCCUGGAGCACCCGUGAGGCUGCAGCCUGAAGCAAGGAGAAGCUGCCCCAGCCAUGCUCGGUGCGUCCUGGCAGAGAGGAGCAAAGGCAACCCGUGGAAAAAAUGAGGUUGGGCGGCGUGACCUACCGAAGUCUCUUCCACCGACACGUACCUGAAUAGCAGCGGUCAAGAAUGGAGCUGGUUGGCUCUCCUUUAACGGCAACACAUGCCCAUCCAACAUCAACACCUACCAGGUUUCUGCCUGCCAUCAGCACCAUGGCCUCAAGCUAUAAGAACCGUUUUCCUUACUACCCCUUGCCUCAGAGCUUCAGCCUCCCCUGGAUGCCCAGCACCUACUACAGAACAGCUGCCAUCAACCCAACUUUGGCUCCCUUUUCCAAAAGCUCGCAGGGGUUAAGCCCCAGCAAGACGCUUCCUUUUAUUUCCAACAGAACAACGCUCUUCACCCGGUACACCCCUGAUGACUGGCACAGGUUCAACCAGACCAACUACAAAGAGUCGGAGACUUCCCGGCACAAUGCAGAGCGUCUGAGAGUCGAUAACUCCCGCAUGAUUCAGGAUAAAUAUCAGCAGACAAAGAAAACACAAGUAGAAAGCACCAAAAACCUGGGAGAACGUGUCAAUGACAUUGAAUUUUGGAAAUCAGAGCUCUGCCAUGAGCUGGAUGAGAUGAUCGGGGAGACCAACGCACUCACGGACAUGAAGAAACGACUGGAACGAGCCUUGGCUGAGACAGAGGCCCCUCUCCAGGUCGCUCUGGAGUGCUUGCUCCACCGGGAGAAGAGGAUGGGCAUCGACCUGGUCCAUGACGAUGUGGAGAAGCAGCUCUUUGCAGAAGUCGACGUCAUCAGGUCAUGUCAGGAGAGGAUGCAGCGGUAUCUGGAUAAGGCGAAAGCCCAGCUCACGACCAACAGGGCGGCCCAGCAUGAACUGGAGAGGGACCUCGCCAACAAGCAGGCGGCCCACCGCAUCGACGACAAAUGCCACCACCUGAGAAACACCUCUGACGGCAUCAGCUACUACCGAGGGGUGGAACGGGUCGAUGCCACGAUCUCGGUGCCAGAGUCGUGGGCCAAGUUCACGGAUGACAACAUCCUCCGCUCCCAGAGCGAACGGGCAGCCUCCGCCAAGCUGCGGGACAGCAUCGAAAACCUGCUGGUGGUGACGGCCAACGAGAUGUGGCACCAGUUCAACCAGGUGAACGUCGCCUUCACCAACCGCAUUGCUGAGACAACCGACGCCAAGAGCAAGAUCCAGACCCACCUGGCCAAGACGCUGCAGGAAAUCUUCCAGAUUGAGAUGAACAUAGAAGCCCUCCGAAAAGCCAUUAGGGACAAAGGGCCUCCCUUAAAAGUGGCUCAGACCCGGCUGGACGAGCGCACACGGAGACCAAACAUGGAGCUGUGCCGGGACACUGCCCAGCUCCGCCUUGUCAAUGAGGUCUACGAAAUCGAUGAGACAAUCCAGAGCCUUCAGCAGCGACUGAGGGAUGCUGAGGAAACGCUGCAAGUGCUGGUUCGUGCCAAGUCGGUCUUGGAGCAUGACCUGUCUGUCAAAGCCAACUCGCUCUUCAUCGACCAGGAGAAGUGCAUGGGGAUGCGCAAGACCUUCCCCAGCACUGCGCGGCUGGUGGGUUAUGUUUAGGCUGGGCUCAGUCCAACUUAUGGUGCCUCUCGCGGGAGGUAUUCCCAGAUUUGCUAAGAUGCUUUGAAAAGACAUGAUUUGACUUUC